AUGCCCUUCCAGCCCACCGUCCUGCACCCCUUGACCCUUCCAGCCCUCUUAGACGCCAUCCUCGCAGCACAGCACACCCCCCAGGCAUCUCGCACCACCCUCAUCGUCUGCUCCAGCAGGGAAGACUUCCUGCAGGACUUGGCGCAGUCGGCUCGCAGUCAUGAAGAUCAGGAAUCAGCUGAACAACGGCUGCAGCAAUUGACGGCUCCGACGUUGAGGAAUCUGAUGACGGCGAAGCAUGUCGAAGUGAUGUUUUGCCCGUCGGUGCCCGUGUUGCUGGCAUACCUUACGGCAUGCAGUGUGCAGAGGGACGUGUCGGGAGAGGGAUCGGAGAGGAGGACGCUUGUGCUGGCGAAUCCGCUGUCAUUACAUGUGCCGACGCCUUACUUUUCGGCUCAGGGGCUAUCCAGGACUUUUGCAGCAGCCGUGGAAACGGCCAUAAGAGUGCAUGCUAGACUAUUCGUCGUUGAAGCUCAAGGGUCACAUAGGAAAACCGGACAUGGCGAUGCGGAAGAUGAAGUGGACGCAGCAAUGAGGGAGGCUGAUGAGGCUAUCCCCGAGAAACCAGAGACCCAAGGGGAUCCUUGGGAGCAGGAAGUGCCAAUCUUGAAUGACUCUGUGAGAAGGUUGCCUUCGGGCGGUGGGGAGCGGUCAUGGGCGGGUCGCACUGUCAAAGUCAAUAGGGUCGCUGCAAGAUGGUUUCGGUUCUGCAGAGCAGAGCGAGCAGGAGACUGA